ACACACACACACACACACACACACACACACUUCUUUGCUGAGUCAGAGCCGAUUGUGUCCUUUGAAAGUUUGAAGUUGUGACCCAACCCUUGAUGCCUAUUUUUGUACAGCGCAAACGUUUCGCGUGUGUCACAACCGCCAUUCCAUCACACUGUCGUUUUGCAUGUGCCCACUUCUUCUUCUCGGCCUUGCUUGACCUUUUAUGGUCGUUGUUGGCGCAUUGACACAUCGCUGUGGUUGGUGGCAUGGUUACUGCUGCCGUCCAUGCGUCUUGCUAGCGGUGUGCUGCGCCGUUAUCCAAAAAUAGAAGCGCGUAACUGACAGUGACAUCGAGCCAAGCGGCAGAAGGUUCGGCGCACAUAAUACAGAACCUGAGGCGUCAAGUCGCAACGGGUGAUCGUCUAAACAUAGCUCAGGCUCAGACCCACAACAACAGAACAACAACCACAGCAAACGGGAACCAAAAUACUUUUCAGAUUGUGCUGCAGCAGUUGCCAUUUCCCCAGCCUUCCCUCUCCAGCUCUCCAGCUCUCCAGCUCUCCAGCUCAAGCCCAGUGCUCCACUGCCUCAGUAUCAGUGCCUUGCCCUUGCCUUCCCGCACCACAACACUCGACUUCCAGCUUCCCCUCCCCCCAGGCUCACACAUACACGAACCAAAGAACAGACAUGGCCCUGAAACGGCUGCUGAAGGAAGAAAAAGACCUUGCCCGGAGCCCCCUUGACACGUGUUCUGCCAGCCCUGUGGAUGGAGACUACUUCCACUGGUCUGGCGUCAUCCUCGGCCCAAAGGACAGCCCAUAUGAAGGCGGCUGCUUCUUCGUCGACUUUUCUUUCCCGCCAGAUUACCCAUUCAAGCCCCCAAAGGUUUGGUUCCGCACAAAGGUGUAUCAUCCGAACAUUGCAGAGGAUGGGCGAAUCUGCCUGGACAUCCUCAAGUCCGCAUACACACCCGCCCUCACCGUCGGCAAGUUGCUGCUCAGCAUCCAGUCUUUGUUGACGGAUCCCAAUGCCAACGAUCCUCUUCGCCCAGACGUCGGCAAGCAGUACCUCCACCAUCGCGACAAGUUCACGAAGACAGCCCAGGAGUGGACUGUGAAAUACGCCGUGUGAGCGAGCGCGAGCGCCGCAUACGGCUUGUCAAAUGGCGCACGGCAGGGCGCGAACAACGCGCACUCGUUGCAUCUUCGUGCUCAACCCCUUCUACACACUUGUCUCCUCCUGCCACCUCCGGUCCAAGCACUCUCGCCACAACUCAAUACACACGCCAACACACCACAGUG